AUGCAAGGUUCAAUUGAAACUUUCUAUUUUGUGGUCCCCGGCCUCUAUGAUGUUCCCAUCAAUGUGUUGCUCUCCCGCGAUCAAUUUGCCACAGGGACAGAUGACUGGGAUGGUCACAUUCUCACAGCCAAAGAACUGGCCAUCCUAGAUCUGAUCAACACCUUCACCGACCGACCGAAUUGGCAACGCGCUAUCUUUGACCAGCAAUUUAUCGCUCAAUGGCGAGAAGACGCCGUUGAAUCGUCCUCGCUGAUCAAUGACAAAACGUGGGACUGGUGCUUGCAAGAGUUGCAAGACAAGGCUAGACAAUUCGAGCGAGAUGGCCGCUUAGUUAUCUUCAACACUAGCAGCGGUGUCUAUAAAUCCGAUACGGCAAUCUCUUCCGAUCUGAAGUCGCAGCUGUCGAAUUCUGUUGAUCUUUUAUCUCAUCAAGCCAAUCGGCAUAAGUCAGAGUCAGCUAUAGUUUAUCUCGUCGACCAAUCUUUGUUUCCUCUUGUUUAUGGGAGAACGAAAGUCCUAGUCGGAGGACAAUCUUGUGGAAUAGAUGAGAAUUCCUGGUCGUCACGCAGUAAAGAGGGCCCAAUCGUUACGGAACUCCCACAACUAGUGAAACAUGGCUCAAUUUGGUCAUGGUACGGCGGUCAAUAUAUUUGGUCCUCGAAAUUUCAGUGGCUACCAUCUGAAGUGGAAUUCACUGGUCCCCCUAGGUCUACGGAUGUUCGGACAUCGUCUUACAUUAACAAUCUUCAUCCGACGAACCGCGAGAUGUACUCCGCAAUCGAGGCCGUGAUCUCCGGCAGCAUCAAGCAGUGGAAUGAGAUUUUGAAGAACACGAUUAGCGGAUCCCAGGGGUAUUGCAUCUCCUGUCCUCGUGAACCUAUACGAAUCCGCACUUACGGAGUCGAGUGGAAAGCUCAGUUACCUGAAUGGGCGAAAAAGUUACCCCACGAGGAAGACGAGGGCAAACUCUCUGCGGAGAAAUACGAAGCCAUGUUUGCUCAAGUGCAGGCGUACCUUCAGAAACCUGAAUCUAACAAUAAGGUAUACUGGGAUAAGGUCAGAACGCAAAGAAUUCCGGAGGAUUGGAAGGACCGCUGGGGGCUGCUUGACGCAGUCUUGGCCAAGUAUGCAUACACCUUCGUCUUUGAACACUCGGACCCAGGAACCGCGUACUCAUAUCAGGACUGGAAAGCAGGGAGGACCAGGAAAGCAAUCGUUGGCCCGGCGCACCACGAGCACGUUUCCAGGACGGAUCAUGAACUGUUCAAAUUCCUUUACUCAAACCCUUGGUUGGAACCCUACGAAUGGAUGUAUAAGCCAAAGGAAGAGGACGUUGAUGAUCACCAGUUUUACACGGUUGUAUUACAGGAUGAGUUUCGAGAACAGGGUCUCCAGGUUGUCGUCCGGAUUCACAGCAUCGAGCUAGACCCUGAAACGCCAUCGUUCCCUGGCGAGGAGUGGCACACCGAAGGAAAUGCAAACGAACGUAUAGUCGCCAACUCCAUCUACGCGCUUGAUUUGGAAAACAUGUCUGAGCCGCAAGUUAGCUUCCCGCAGAGGUGUAGACUAGGGGAUCGUACCUGGGUCUACGAUCAAAUCGGCGCCGAGGAUCCAGAUGACGAGGAAAGCGAGAAAGAUGACUUGAUCCUACCACAUGCCCUAUGGGACGUCAAGUAUAUAGGAAGGCUUUUCGGAUUCGAGGAAAUUCAAUAUACUCCGGCCUGGCAACAACUGGGAAAGUGA